GUAAAGACAAAAUACGAGAGUGCCGAAUGCCAACCAACAUGGCCGCCCUAGGUUUUAAGGGUCUGACGCGGACAGGCCUUGUACUUUUUGCGAUUGGUUUAGUGUUUGGUUUCUCUCUAACAUACUUAUUCACCACAACACGAUCAUGGACACCACUGAACAGACCAAUAUCGCGUGCACAGUACGUGAGGGAUAUGAUCCCACGUCGCCCGGAACAACACAUGGACGAUGAUGAGACUGGGCCAGAACAGUCAGUAGCCUGGUUAGACCAGGCGUUUCACAGUCACGCAGGAGAAUCAAAUGAGGAAGCAAAGCUGUUGGCUAAGAAAGUGCGUGUUCUGUGCUGGGUGAUGACUGGGCCUAACAACAUUGAAACCAAGGCCCGGCACGUGAAGGCAACAUGGGGUCAUCGCUGUAACAAACUUAUCUUCAUGAGCUCAGAAGAGGUUAAAGACUUACCAGCAGUUGCUCUACCAGUCCACGAAGGACGAGAUAACUUAUGGGCAAAGACAAAGGAGGCGUUUAAAUACAUCUACAAAAACCAUAUAGAUGAUGCUGAAUGGUUUAUGAAAGCAGACGAUGAUACUUUUCUAAUUGUUGAAAAUCUACGAUAUUUUCUCAGUGACAAAGUGUCGGAGAAUCCCGUGUAUUAUGGAAGGCGAUUUAAGCCCUAUGUGCGCCAGGGCUAUAUGAGUGGUGGGGCUGGGUAUGUUCUCAGUCACAAAGCAGUCAAGCUUUUGGUGGAAAAAGGAAUAGACGAUAGUUCAAUGUGUCGGUCUGAUGGAGGCGGUGCUGAGGACCUGGAACUGGGACGAUGCAUGCAGAAACUCGGGGUACAGGCAGGUGAUUCAAGGGAUGAGCUACAGAGGGAGAGGUUCAUGCCGUUUGUCCCAGAACAUCAUCUUAUACCUGGUAUUCUUCCCAAAGAUAUGUGGUACUGGAGCUACAGUUUCUACCCAGCCAAACAGGGGCCAGACUGUUGCAGUGAUUACGCCAUUACUUUCCAUUAUGUAAAUCCAAAUAUGAUGUAUGUGUUGGAGUAUCUCGUCUACCAUCUAAAACCGUAUGGCUACAACACCAUCAAUCAGUGCAAAGGUCAGGGAGGGGUCAUACAGAGGACACAAGGUCAGAACCAGGAGGAAGCUGCAGAAAAAGACGAGGAAGUACAUGUAAAAGAAGAAGCACACACAGAAAAACUAGAGGAGGAAAAGAAAGAGGAACAAAACAAGGAAGAAAAAGAGAAAGAAAUUGAGGAAGAAAAGGAGAAUGAGAAACAAAAUGAAGAAAAUGAGAAAGAGAACGAGAAACAAAAUGAAGAAAAUGAGAAAGAGAACGAGAACAAAAUGAAGAAAAUGAGAAAGAGAACAUGGAAAAUGGAGAAACUGUAAAUCAUGAAGAGAAAGAAGAAGAAAAGCCAGAUUCAAAUAAGGAGAAAAAAGCUGAGGAAAAUGUACACGAGAAUGAAAUCAAAAAAAUAAAAUCAGGUAAUUCUGAAACAAAGAAAGAUCCUGAAACAAACACAGAAGUUAAACAUGUACAGGAAGCUCAGAUAGAAAUAGAUGAAGAAAAAUUUCAACAGAUCACUGAAAAAAUAAUUGAACAGGAAAACAAAGAAAAGGUGAACAUAGAUAAUGUUAAGCUGUAUCAGGUAGGUGCAGUAGGUAAAGAGGAGGUCGAUGAAAAGCCAAAAGAAACCAUAGACAAUGUUAAAUUAUACAAGCCAAAUAACAGCUAGCAUUUAAAUCAAAAUCUGAAUAUAGGAAGCAGAUGAAUAUUUUUGUUAUACGUUUAUAGAACUGUUAAUGAAUUUGUAAUUUAUUUUGUUACAAAUAAGUCCCAAGGACCAGAUUCACAUUUUAGUUCCUGGUCAAAAACUGAUCAGGUACAUAUCAUGAUUGUAUAUGUAUGAGGGGCGUUUUGUAAGUGCAAGUUUAAUAUAUACAACUGUAUUACAGUACAUCUGGAGUACGUUAAAAUAAAAAUGAUUGGUCCAUGGAUAAAUUGCCCUUUAAUGUCAGUUUUUAUUUCAGACUUCGUCAAUUUAAGGCUACACCAUACAACUAUAUUAACAUUUGCUCCACAUUUCCCCAUUGACACAAUGCUAAGAGGCAGUUGCCACCAUACGCCUAUAACACCCAGUGCCUCAGGCUAUAUAACACCCAGUGCCUCAGGCUAUAACACCCAGUGGGUCAUCAUGUGAC